AUGGCCGAUCCCCUCCUUGGAGAGCUCGGCGUCCUACGCGCUGCUCGGCAGGCCAUUGAUGAGGGCCUAAUCAGCACUCAAGACUACGAUGUAGUGAAGGUAGCCUUCUUACGGGCGCAACAGAUCAAGGCGGGCCUGGACGCGGGCUUCAUACGCCAGGACGACUAUGUGCUGGCCCGGGACGCGUAUCUGAACGCCUUGGACCUCAGCGUUUUGGCUGUACCCUCCUCAGGCGCCGCCACGCCCGCCGGCGGCGGCACGGGCGGCGGGUUUGGCGUCGGGCUCAGCGCCAACGGCGCCCGCAACAGCGGCAGCGGCAGCGGCAGCGUCCGCGGCGACGCCUUUGGCAGCGGCGGCGGCCAGGCGCCGGGCGGGUCGAUGGACGGGGGCGGCGGCGGCGGCGGCCGCGGCUGGCGCGCGUCUGGGGCCGCUACGGACUUGGCCGCGGUGCUGGCUGAUGUCCCGCAGUACGCAGCUAAGGGCGUCACGAACGGCAAGUGCUCCAUGGCGGGCAUUGGGCUGGCGGAGGAGUGCGUGAACCUGUUCAUGCACAUGAAGCAGCGCAGCGCGUUCAAGUGGAUGACAUUCAAGGUGGACGACAGCGGCAAGACGGUGAUUCCUGACCGGGUGGGCGGCAAGGGGAGCUCCUAUGAGGACUUUGUGGCGACGCUGCCCGAGCACGAGUGCAGAUACGGAGUGUAUGACUAUGAGUACAUCAGUCCUGAGAGGGGGGGCUUCAGCAAGCUGGUGUUCAUCAACUGGGCCCCUGAGACGGCGCACAUUAAAACCAAGAUGAUGUACGCGGCCACCAAGGACUUCUUCAAGGGCUUCCUGGAUGGCAUCGGUGCUGAGCUGCAGGCGAGCGAGUUCAGCGAGGUGUCUGAGGAUGAGGUGCACGCCAAGGUCGUCGCCAACCUGUCACGCAAGUGA